ACCGGAACUUGUAUUAUCUUCAGCUAGCUUUAUGCUAACCGUUGAAUUUGGUCCGCAUCCUGACUUUCUGCGGUAAAGCGGGACGAACCCGACGACCUGUUCACUAUUGGACCGUCGGAACCGGUUUAAAGUAUAAACGGGGUUUGGAGCCGAUCUGUUUGCGGACCGGGUCAGAACACUCACACACACAGCGGAACCGAACUGAAGGUUAGUUAGCCUAGCCUGUUAGCUGUUGGGCUAUUCCAGGAGAAGAAUGGACCUGUUCGACGACCUGCCAGAACCGACACAGACGUCCGUUGCUCCUCCAGCUCAGGAUGAAGAGGACAGAAGGUUCAAACGGAGGCGAGACGACGAAGAGGAAGAGGAAGAGGAGGAGGACGAGAUCAAGAAAGUUUGUAGAGAAGGUCUGCCCCGGCUCAGAGGCUACGCGGCGGCGCGGCGCGGCGAGCGCGAAGAGAUGCAGGACGCCCACGUACUGAUGCCCGACAUGAGCAGCUGUCUGUCCUCGCUGCCGGGACACGUCUCUCGCGUCUCGUAUUUCGCCGUGUUUGAUGGUCACGGCGGCGCUCGAGCGUCUCGAUUCGCCGCUGAAAACCUUCACUUGAACCUGGCCAAGAAGUUCCCCUCAGGAGACGCUGAGAAUCUGGACAAGCUGCUGAAGAAGUGUCUCCUGGACACGUUCCGGCAGACAGACGAGGAUUUCCUGAAGAAAGCCUCCAGCCAGAAGCCGGCUUGGAAGGACGGAUCCACGGCCACCUGCAUCCUGGUGGUGGACGACACGGUGUACUCCGCCAACCUGGGGGACAGCAGGGCGGUGCUGUGUCGAACGGAGGCGGCGGCAGACGGCCAGAGGAAGUCGGUCACUUUAGCGCUCAGCAAGGAACACAACCCAACCAUCUACGAGGAGCGCAUGAGGAUCCAGAGGGCAGGAGGCACCGUCAGGGACGGCCGCGUCCUCGGCGUCCUGGAAGUGUCCCGGUCCAUCGGAGACGGUCAGUACAAACGCUGCGGCGUGAUUUCUACGCCCGACGUGAGGAGGUGCCAGCUCACAGCCAAUGACAGGUUCAUCCUUCUGGCCUGUGACGGUUUGUUCAAAGUGUUUUCAGCCGACGAAGCCGUCAAGUUUGUUCUCAGCGUCCUCCAGCAGGAGACGAGCGUGGAGCAGAAGGACGAGCUGACGGAGGAGGAGCUGCGCUUUGAGGCGGCGUGUCAGCAGCUGGCCAGCGAGGCGGUGAGGAGAGGCUGCGCCGACAACGUCACCGUCAUCCUGGUUUCUGUCUGCCACUGAGCGCGCUCAGAACCAUCAUCAUCAUCAGCAGCAGCAGCAUCAUCCUGCCGGCUUCACUCUGCAUGUCUCGUUUGUUUGCAAAUAAAAUCUUUUUUUUUUA